AUGGCGUCCAACUCUUCCCUCCCUCUCGAUCUGCCUCCGCUUCCGGCGUAUACCCUGACCCUCCGCCCACCGCUUUUCGCGCCGAUUCCAGACUAUAUCGUCGCGCUGAUGCUGCCCAUUAUUGCGUACUGGGCUCUGUCAAUGGUCUAUCAUUAUAUGGACGUUUACGACUGCUUUCCUCAGUACCGCCUUCACACACCCGCUGAGGUCCUGAAAAGGAAUCAUGUCACGCGCUGGGAGGUCGUUCGCGACGUCAUUCUGCAGCAGGUCAUCCAGACUAUUUUCGGCGUCGCGGCGGCGCACUUCGAUCCCCCGGAGUAUAUUGGCAAGGAAGAGUAUGAUAUCGCUGUCUGGGCUCGCCGCCUUCGCAUCGCCCAGAGUUACCUUCCCCGAGUCCUAGCGGUGGUCGGCGUCGACGCCCCGGGGUUGGCCAAGAAGCUCUCGGCAAAUGGUUUCACCAUGCUGGCUGGGGCUUUGGCCGGUGGGUACUACCCAGACAGCACACAGACCCUGAUUCUGGAGAAUGGUACGGAGGUUCUGGCCCCUGCCUUUGCUGGAUGGGAGUUGUCGACGGCCAGUUUCAUCUUCUGGUUUUUGAUUCCUGCGCUCCAGUUCCUCUGGGGUGUCUCUGUGGUCGAUACAUGGCAAUACUUCUUACACCGCGCCAUGCACAUGAACCGCUGGCUAUAUGUUCAUUUCCACUCUCGUCACCACCGGCUCUACGUUCCCUACGCUUUCGGUGCUCUUUACAACCAUCCGGUUGAGGGCUUCCUUCUCGACACUGCCGGUACGGGAUUCGCCUUCUUUACCUCGGGCAUGUCGCACCGCCAGGGCAUGUGGUUCUUUACAUUCUCUACGAUCAAGACCGUCGAUGACCACUGCGGAUACGCGUUCCCCUGGGAUCCCUUGCAGAAGAUUACCUCGAACAAUGCUGCCUACCACGAUAUCCACCACCAGAGCUGGGGCAUCAAAACCAACUUUUCCCAGCCGUUCUUCAUCAUCUGGGACCGCCUUCUCGGCACUCGCUGGAAGGGCGAUGUCAAGCUCCGUUACGAACGGGGCAGAGAAUCUGCUCAGCGCCAGGUGGAUAUGGAUGAGGCUGCUGCGGCGGCGGCCGCUGCCUCCGCCGGCGAAGACUUGCCCGAAGAGCGGGCAGACCCUGUCGCCUCUGGCCGUGCCACCAAGCGGGCGACCUUUUCCUCUCCGCCAUUGGAAAGCCUGAAGGGCGUUAGUCACGGGGUGACAAGCAGUGUUCUACGCGGGUAA